UCGUCGUCCUGUUACAUUUCUGCCUGUGGGGCUUUUGUUUUCAAUUAGAGAAAAAUUCCAACAAUGUCUACUGCAACUGCCCUUGUUAUUUCCCCCUUUCUUCGUUUUCCAAAAUUUUCCAAUUCUAAAUUGGAUUUCCGUCGGAAGUUCGCUUCUUUUUCUCUGUAUACAAGACACAAAUCAUCUCCAUUAACUAUUGCUAGAACUCGAACCACCGCAGAAGAUGAGGCGAUGGGUGUCAGUUUUGAAAAAGAAGAAGUUUUCGUUGAUGGGUCCUCGAGUUCUGCUUCCGCUGGACUUAACGCCACUCUCAAUAGCUUGAGUAAGUGGCUGGUGGCUGCACUUUUUGGUAUAAUCUUCCUUUGGAGACAUGAUGCGGAAGCUCUUUGGGCUGCUUCUGGUUCUGUUCUGAAUUCUGGGCUCUCAACUGUAUUGAAGAGAAUUCUAAACCAAGAGCGACCUGUUUCUACGAUAAGAUCGGAUCCUGGAAUGCCAUCUUCUCAUGCGCAGUCAAUCUUUUACACAGUGACGUUCUGUAUUGUCUCAAUGGUAGAAUAUUUUGGGUUAAACGGAAUCACUGCAGUAAUUAGCGCACUCAUCUUUGCAAUUGGCUCCUACUUUUCUUGGCUACGGGUUUCACAACAAUUUCACACAACCAGCCAAGUAGCCGUGGGUGCUGCACUGGGAUUCUCUUUCUCCAUUUUCUGGUUUUGGUUGUGGGAUGCGAUAGUCCUUGAUGCAUUUAUUUCACACUUGUGGGUUCGGAUUGUUGUUGUUCUUGGCACAGCAGCCAUUUGUGCUAGCUUUCUCCUAUAUGUGAUCCGAUAUUGGGUUCUUGAGGAGAUCAACUUAUACUACUGAGAAACUACACACUAACAUUGAACUUUCAUAUAGAAACUAACAAAACAAA